CACUCCUGAAUUCCCCAGACGUUCAAACUCGUCUCAACGGACAGAACCAGUACACAAACAAGACCCAGUGAUCUCUGUGGACAAACAGGUGUUCAUCGACGAGAUCCUCGGGAUUUUCAGGAGAAACAAUGACUGAGUUCAAGACCCCGACGUCGAGGAAGUUCAGGAGUCGAAUUGAAAAUUCCGAGCACCAGACGCCCAUUAAAAUUCCGGCUUCACCCUUCCUGAAGCAAAUAGGUUACGGUUGUGGCGUCAAUGUCUUCACCCUGGAGAGAUCCCCCAAGGUGGGCCUCAUCCGCUCCCCUUGGGCCAUUAAGAAGAGGAAUACGUCUAUUGCCAAGGACAAGAAGUACGACGACAUGAUAAGACUCGAGGGCAACAUCCUCAGGGCUCUGAAGCACCCGAAUAUCGUCGGCUUCAGGGCACUCACUGAGUCAGAGACUGGGGUACCUUGCUUGGCGAUGGAACAGUUGGAUGUUUCCCUUGGUAAUAUGAUCGAGGAAAAAGUGGAGAACGGGCUUCCCCACUUCAGGGCGAAGGAGAUCGAGGGGAUAGGCUUCGAGGUAGCAAAAGGCCUCGAGUACCUCCACCACACAGCCCACAUUCUCCAUGGGGAUGUCAAGAGCUACAACGUCCUCGUCUCCAAGGAUCUCAAAAUCGUCAAGCUCUGUGACUUUGGGGUCUCUGUGCCCCUGAACAACGCCCUGGAGCUGGACACGUCCACUGCUAAAUUCGUCUACACUGGAACUGAGUGCUGGAACGCUCCAGAAGUCUUUGCAGAAGGGCCAAUAACCAACAAAACAGAUAUGUGGGCGUACGGCCUCAUCCUCUGGGAGAUGAUAGCUCUUUCUCCACCGCACGUGGAGGUCGACGAAUCACUGGAGGAAUCAAUGCUCGAUGGUUCUUUCAACUGUUCCAGAGAUUACAGCGAGAAUGAAACUCCCAACGGAUCAUUCAACGACGAUCUCAUGGGCUUAGAGGAGAAAAUUCGUGCAAAAUAUGGAACUCGUCCGGCCCUUCCUGCUAUCGAAAUAGGCCCUGAGUAUGACAAAAUCCUGGAGAUAUUCUUCAUCUGCACCGAUCAAGACCAGAAGACUCGACCCACUGCCAAGGGAGUCGUUACCUUCUUCAAGAAUUACAUUUUGAAUUGUUGUAACACGAGGAGCAACUCCUCCAGUGUCGAUUGCGCCAUGUGAAUGUCCGUUGAUUAAUUAUUUAUAUUAAUUAUCAUAAGAGCAAUAACUGCCAGUUCUCAGUGACUAAAUUAUCUCGGUAAUUUUCGGGAAAUAAUUUAGAGGAAAAAUUCUAUUGAAAAUUACCGACAAAAUCAUUGAGAAUAAUUGAGAAAAAAAUCUCAGGAGUUGAUUAUAAAAUAGAUAAUUUUAUUUAGACAAUUAAGAUUUUAUACGGUUUUUUAUUCACAGAAAUAUCGCUAUUAGGAGCAGAAUUAUUAUGAUUAUCGCGAGAAUUGCGAGACACUUGAUUUUCCUCUGAAAAUAAAGGACGAUCAGUUUAUUUCUUGCGGAAUUUUGUCUAAUCAAUAAAAGAAAUUAAUUAAUUUUA